CCCGUUUGCGAUUGGGAGUCAGUUCCGGCUGGGGCUGGAGUGGUUGCAUUUUGUCUGUACCCGGGGAGUUGGCGAUGGCCGCGGUGGAUUCGGAUGUCGAAUUGCUGCCGCGUGGGGGUUUCCGCUGCUGCCUCUGCCACGUUACUACAGCCAACCGACCCAGUCUAGAUGCCCACCUGGGAGGCCGGAAGCACCUGCACCUGGUGGAGCUGCGAGCGGCCCGAAAGGCCCAGGGACUCCGCAGCGUGUUUGUCAGCGGCUUUCCCAGGGACGCAGACUCUGCUCAGCUGUCGGAGUACUUUCAGGCAUUCGGACCGGUGGCCAGUGUUGUCAUGGACAAGGAUAAGGGAGUUUUUGCCAUCGUGGAGAUGGGCGAUGUCGGUGCCCGGGAUGCCGUCUUGGCCCAGCCCCAGCACAGCCUGGGUGGACAUCGCCUGCGAGUCCGGCCACGGGAGCAGAAGGAGUUCCAGUGCCCAGCCUCCAGGUCCCCCAAAGGAGUGGCCCCCGACAGUCAGCAGCUGGUCAGGGCUCUAGCUGAGGUGCCAGACGUGGGGGCACAAAUGACCAAGCUCGUGGGGCUGAGGGAGCUGACUGAGGCUGAGCGCCAGCUUCGCAGCCUCGUGGUGGCCCUGAUGCAGGAGGUCUUCACAGAGUUCUUCCCUGGCUGUGUGGUCCAUCCUUUUGGCUCUUCCAUAAACAGCUUUGAUGUCCAUGACUGUGAUCUUGACCUCUUCCUGGAUCUGGGUGACUUGGACGAGCCCCAGCCAGUUUCAAAGCCGCCGGAGUCACCAUCCUUGGAUUCAGCCCUGGCAUCCCCACUAGAUCCUCAAGCCCUGGCCUGCACCCCAGCUUCCCCUCCAGACUCACAGCCUCCAUCUUCUCCCCAAGUCUCUGAGACGCUGGACUUUGAAAUUCCUUCCUCUUCCCUGGCACCCCGGACUCCAGACUCUGCUUUGGCAUCUGAGACCCUCGCCUCUCCCCAGUCCCUGCCUCCAGCUUCCCCACUUCAGGAGGACCGGGGAGAGGGGGACCUGAGCAAGGCCCUGGAAAUAGCAGAGGCCCUAAGAGGGGAGAAGACCGAGGGGGCUGCAAUGCUGGACCUGGUGGGCUCCAUUCUUCGGGGUUGUGUCCCCGGAGUGUACCGAGUCCAGACUGUGCCUUCUGCCCGACGCCCUGUGGUCAAGUUCUGCCAUCGGCCUUCAGGACUCCGUGGUGAUGUCUCCCUCAGUAACCGCCUGGCCCUGCAUAACUCCCGCUUCCUGAGCCUCUGCUCUGAGCUGGAUGAGCGAGUUCGACCCCUCGUCUACACCAUCCGCUGCUGGGCCCAGGGCAGAGGGCUGUCAGGGAGUGGCCCCCUUCUCAAUAACUACGCCCUGACCUUGCUCGUGAUCUAUUUCCUUCAGACCAGGGAUCCUCCUGUGUUGCCCACAGUCUCUCAGCUCACCCAAAAAGCAGGUGAGGGAGAACAGGUGGAGGUUGAUGGCUGGGACUGUAGCUUCCCCAGGGAUGCCUCGAACCUGGAGCCCAGCACCAAUAAGGAGCCUCUGAGUUCCCUGCUGGCUCAGUUCUUCUCCUGUGUCUCAUGCUGGGAUCUUCGGGGCUCCCUUCUGUCCCUCAGGGAGGGCCAGGCAUUGCCUGUAACCCCCCCACCUUCUGAUCACUGGGAGGGCCUGCGCCUUGGCCCUAUGAAUCUCCAGGACCCUUUUGACUUGAGUCACAACGUGGCAGCCAACGUGACCAGCCGGGUGGCUGGGCGUCUGCAGAACUGCUGUCGAGCCGCAGCCAACUACUGCCGCAGCCUCCAGUACCAGCGCCGGUCCUCCCGUGGUCGAGACUGGGGGCUGCUGCCCCUUCUGCAGCCCAGCUCCCCCAGUGCACUGCUGUCAGCUACCCCCAUCCCCUUGCCCCCUGCUCCCUUCCCCCAGCUCACUGCUGCCCUGGUUCAGGCCUUAAAGGAAGCACUGGGUUGCCACAUAGAACAAGGAACUAAGAGACUGCGCUCAGAGGGAGGGGGAGUUGGGGAGACUCUCCAGGGAGGGAUGAGCAAAAGAUUGAAACUAGAUGGGCAGAAAAGUAGUGAGGAGGGGAAGGAGGAGCAGCAGGGGUGUGCAGGGGAACCUGGUGAAGACGGGGUGGAAGAAAUGGUCAUAGAAGCUGGAGAGCCAUUGCAGGACUGGGCCAUGCAGAGCCCUGGGCAGCCCGGGGAUCCUGCCCUGCCAACUGGACAGUGUCAGACCCUUGGAGAUGAGGGGCAGUCGGGCCCUGCAGUGCUGGCAGAGCAGCAAGAGGGUCCCCAGGGUGAGACAGGGAAGGGGACAUCGCUGUCCUCGGUGAGCUGGCGCUGUGCCCUGUGGCACCGAGUAUGGCAGGGGCGGCGGCGUGCUCGGAGACGCUUGCAGCAGCAAACCAAGGAAGGAGGUGGAGGUGGCCCCAGGACUGGAGCCGAGUGGCUGGCGACUGAGGCCCGGGUCACCCAGGAGCUGAGAGGACCCAGCAGUGCUGAGCGGGGGUCAGAGGCUGAGCCCCUCCUGACGUUUGUUGUGUCUACCUCCCCAGCGGAUCAGAGUCUCACUGUGACCCCCCUGCAGGACUCCCAGGGCCUGUUCCCUGACCUCCACCACUUCUUACAGAUAUUUGUCCCUCAAGCACUUCGAAAUCUCAAGUGACAAUAAAACUGCUAGUUUAAUAAACA